AUGAUUUUCAAUCCAGAAAUUGUUAAUAGAGCGUUUAUUCGAGCCGUUGUUAAUUGGCUAUGCCAAUUCAAUGAACGGGCAGUAAUUCCAGGGCAGCAACUUAGGGAGAUAAUUACUCCCCAGUCCAUCAACAAGAUUUUAAAAUCUCUCAUUGACUCUUCCAUAAUUGAUUACUCAUCCCAAUAUGAUUAUCAUGAUUUGACUUUAGAUGAAGAGAUUUUGAAGGUGAAGCUCAGAUAUUUUGAAGUUCUUGUAAACGUCAUGACCCAAGAAUUCAUAAAGUGUAACACAAGAGUUAUUAGUCCAAACGCAAUACGAUAUGAUGAGAAUAGUAUUGCCGAUGGCGCUAAUGUUCCUUAUUCUAAUGCUGAUAAUUCUAUAUAUGAUAAUUUUGGUGAUGGAUAUGGAGCACCAAUAUAUGCAAAGGAUAGUUCCAAUAGGCCUUUUGCUUCUGUAACUAGGCUUUCUGUGAGUGAAUCGUACAAGAAUGAUAGGUUUAAUUAUUUUUUGAGAUUUAUUACUCCAGCAAAAUUGUUCGCUAUUGUUGGGGAAGAUACUGUCUUGACUGACAAUGAAUUGAUUCAAAUUCAGUCUUUAUUUGCUCUUUUCAUCGAGUUAGGAAUACAUUGCCAAAAGGCUGCCGUCUGUAUUACCCUUUGUACUUUUCUUGACGAGAAUGACCGAGCUGAAUUUCAAGUUUUUUUUGGCAGAAGCCCUGAUGAUACUGAGUUGAGCUUAUCAGCUUAUGAUAAUGAAAUAUCGUUAACAAAAGGAAAUUUUAGUUUUGAGAGUGAUUUCAAAAGCAAGGAAUUAUUAUCUAGACUCUCUAAACUUGAAAACGAUAAUUUGCUUCUAAAAAAUGAAUUGCUGAUAUCUAGAAGAAGGCAAGGGCUUUACUUGGAAAAAAUAGCGGCAAUGGAAGAAUCAGCGAGAGCAUAUAAAAACAAUAGUGAAUGCGUUGACGACUUAUUGAAAAAGUUUUUGGACAAACGGGAUGAAUUAGAAACAUUGUAUCAAGAAAACGAGGCUUUGUCGAUUAAGGGUCAACAGGAUAGAAGCAAGUACGAAUCUAUGAUUGAAGAAUUGAAGGCUGAAAUUUGCAUAUUGAAAGAAAAAUCUAAGAGAUUGUCGGAGGUGAAGGUAUUACAAGAUCUUGCACCUAUGAAAAAACUCUCAAAAUCAAUGGAGUUUCAAGCUGAUGAUUAUGUUGAAUCUUUGAAAUGGGAUUUAGAUAUCGCGAAUAAUUAUAUAUUUGGUCCAUCAAUGGAGUUAUUGAGAUCCCUGAAUUUUGGAGGAGUCAAGGGGAAUCAUAAGGGCUUAAUUUUCAAGAAUAGAGGUAGAGAGAUUCAUAAUUUGUUUGCGGAAUAG